GAAAUUUUCAAGAGAUGUGUUCAUUCUUUAGUAAAUAUGACUCUGAAUUUAAUCGAAUGUUUAGUAAUUCAAUAAGCUAUUCCAGUCCUAAAAUUCAAAAUGAAAUUAUAGCCUUAUGUUCUCAAAAUGUCAAAGAUACAAUAUUUUCUGAAAUUAAGGAAACUGGAUUUUUUUCAAUCAUGUGUGAUGAUGCCAGGUGUCACAAAGAGGAACAAAUGUCUAUUUGUGUACGGUAUACAAAAAAAUUUGAAGUGUUUGAGAGGUUUUUAGGAUUUAUAGAUGUUUCCCAAAAACAAGAUGCUGAGUCCCUUACAUCAGCUAUUUUAAACUUCCUUGAGCAAUCAAAUAUCCAAAAUGUUCCAAUUGUAGCCCAGUCGUAUGACGGAGCAGCUGUUAUGUCUGGUAAAAGAGCAGGAGUGCAAACUAAAUUAAAAGAAUAUUACCCAAGUGCCAUCUAUGUUCAUUGUAUGGCUCAUAGAGAUAAUUUAGUUGUCAUAGACAUAUCAUUAUAUGUACAUUUUUCUCGGCCAUCAACUAAUUUUAAAUUGAAAGAAAUGCAAAAUAAACUCAAUAUUAAAGCCACCACAUUAAUGGCCAUAAGUGAUACACGUUGGGUAUGUAGAAUACAGAACUGUGAUGCAGUUUAUAACAAUUUUGAAGUACUUAUUGAAGUUUUAAACGAUGAAGUUGAUUUAAACAAAGACAUGGAUGUAGCUCAGGCUAUAG